AUGCCUACAGAAAUAACAGAAGUGUCAACAUUAGAUGCUCCUGGCGCAAUAGGUCCAUAUUCUCAAGCCAUAAAGGCUGGACCAUAUGUAUUCUUAUCGGGAAAUAUACCCGCCAUCCCCUCGUCAGGAGAAAUUGUCCAGGGUGGUAUCAAGGAGCAAACGAAACAAGUCUUGCAGAACGUAGAUGCAGUGCUAAAGGCUUCAGGAAGCUCAUUGGAUCGUGUCGUCAAGACUACUGUAUUCCUUAAGAAUCUGGAGAAUUUUGCAGAGAUGAAUGGUGUCUAUGCUGAAUAUUUUGGACGUCACAAGCCAGCUCGUUCGACUGUGGAAGUGGCUCGUCUGCCAAGAGACGUACUCAUUGAGGUUGAGUGCAUUGCAGCCUAUGAUUGA